UGCGGAUUAUCUUUAUCGUCCUUUUCCCCUCUGUACAACUUUACCUCAGUCUGGCAGCCUCUUCCCGCUUUUAAACGCUCUCACCUAAAUUACCACAGUCAAGUGUGACCCGCUGCGCCACCAUGACCUCCAGGCAGGACUCGAAAUGUCUAGCACUGCUGGAGGAGCGGAGGCACAGCCCGCUGGAUCAGCUCCCGCCGCCGGCCAACCCCGACAAGCCGCUGACGCCUUUCAGCAUCGAGGACAUCCUCAACAAGCCCUCUGUGAGAAGGAGCUACUCCCUGAGCGAAGCGGUAUCCCACAUCUCCCCCGAAGAGAAGUUGCCCUCGGGGUGUCCCAGCCUGACUGGCCGGGCGCUGCUCCAUCAGUCCUCUCCGCUCUGCGCGCUGGAGGAGCUAGCCAGCAAAACCUUCAUUGGCCUGGAGGUCAGCGUCCUGCAGGCUGCCGAGGGCCGAGACGGUCUGACGCUCUUCGGCCAAAGAAAUACUCCAAAAAAGCGGCGGAAAUCCCGCACGGCGUUCACCAACCAGCAAAUCUACGAGCUGGAAAAGCGCUUCUUGUACCAGAAAUACCUGAGCCCAGCGGACCGGGACCAAAUCGCCCAUCAGCUCAGCCUGACCAACGCACAGGUGAUCACUUGGUUUCAGAACCGGCGGGCCAAGCUCAAGCGGGAUUUGGAAGAGAUGAAGGCGGACGUGGAGUCCGCCAAGGCCGUGGGUUCUGUGGCCCUCGAAAAGCUCUCCAAGCUGGCCGAGCUGGAGAAAUGCGCGGCCGGAGGUAUGGGCGGGGGGACGGUUUCGAUGCCAGGUCACACCGAUCCCGAACCGGCCGCCUCUAGGUCCCAUCCGAACACUAUCGAGGACCUCGACCCCAGCAGAAAGCACAUGUCGCCUCCAUCACCCGAAUCGUCGUGGUGCGCAGACCGGCUGAGCAUUAAGAGGUACUCGGAGGACGAAGAUGAGGAGAUUGACGUGGAUGACUUAAGUUAAUUGUAUGGUUCCAAUUAACGCAAUGCUUGCAGGCACAGACUGCUUUUAUGAAGACUUCAUCGGACAUAAAGCUGGACAACAGAUUUGAUCAGACAGAUGCAAAAGGUUCACUGGUCUCUGUCUGAGGAACAGGCGCACACGUCGGUUGGUUAAUACGGUAACAAUCACUAGAAUCUCAUCGAAUUUGUUUUAUUUUUACAUUGAUGAGAAGUCUUUAGCAAAUCGUUUUAUAGGCUCGAGCCGACUGUUUCUGGCUUUUUGAUAUACUAUGAAAUGAUAAUCACAGUUGUGAGCUAAUUGUGAAUAACGAUUUAAUAUAUUUGUAAUUAUUGUA